AAGAAGCGCGUUGGCUCAUUUUUUGAGUUUAAGUCUUUAAAACGUCUCGUAGUGCACGAAAAUUUGCACACCAUCCGUUUCAAUGGCUCUCGAGCGUCAAGUUCGUGCGAAGAUUCUUGCCAAGCGUGACCCCCAGCAAGAGAAAGAAGCCCAAGAGUGGAUCGAAGCAAUAAUUGGCAGAAAAUUCUCAUCACCCUUCGAAGAUUACCUGCGUGAUGGUCAGGUACUCUGUGAACUAAUUAAUAAAAUUCAGCCAGGAUGCAUUAGUAAAAUCAAUACUUCCGGUGGUGAAUUUAAAAUGAUGGAAAACAUUAAUAAAUUUCAAAAGGCUAUUAAAGAUUAUGGAGUACCUGACAUCGAUGUCUUCCAAACAGUUGAACUGUGGGAAAAAAAGGAUAUUGGGCAAGUUAUCACAACUCUCUUUGCCCUGGGCCGUGAGACAUUCAGGCACUCAGAUUGGAAGGGACCGUACCUGGGCCCAAAGCCAGCUGAUGAGUGUAAACGUGAGUUCACCGAAGAGCAGCUCAAAGCAGGACAGACUAUGAUCGGACUCCAAGCUGGUUCCAACAAGGGUGCCACUCAAUCUGGCCAGAAUAUGGGUGCUUCCAGAAAAAUUCUCCUUGGAAAGUAGUUUUCUUUUCAUCACCACGCAACCUUCUGAUUUCAGUUAUUCUUCUGCUAAAAAAAUUUUCUCCCAAAAAAAUGAUUGUAUAUUAUGUACAUGACUAUAACUGUUAUCAUUUGCUUCAGCAGGUUAGCUAUUUUUCAGCUGUCCUAGGGAAAUAAACUUGAUUGUACAUCUUA